AUGGUUCGCAAUUCCCUUGAGGAGACAACCCUCAGCCAUGAAUUGUUUCAUAGUGUGAGGGCUGCGUUUGAUGUCAAUACAGGCAUUCCUUCAAGAGAAAGUACUCAGAUAAUCUUUUCUUCACGAACCCAUUCCCAGCUAACACAAGUGAUUAAGGAACUGAAGAAUACACAGUAUCGAUGGGCUAAAGUUGCAGUGCUGGGAUCAAGAGAUCAAUUGUGCAUCAAUCCAGAAGUUCAGAGUGAGAAAAGUAAUGCAGGGAAAGUGCAUAUGUGUCGAGCCAAAGUACAGUCCCGGACUUGUGUGUUUUACAACAAUGUGGAAAAGCGAGUGCAGGAUCUGAGGUGGGAGGAUCGUAUCAUGGACAUAGAAGAUCUUGUGAAAGAAGGUAGAAAGAACAUUGUCUGCCCAUAUUAUGCCUCAAAGAAUCUUCGUCCAACUGCUGACAUUGUAUUCAUGCCGUACAACUAUCUUCUUGAUCCAAAAGCAAGAAAAUCUCAUAACAUUGAGCUCAAGGGUAAUGUGGUGAUUUUUGAUGAGGCUCACAAUCUGGAGAAGAUGUGUGAAGAGUCUGCUUCUGUUACCUUGAGAAAUUCAGAUGUCGCUCUCUGCAUUGAAGAAAUCACUCAGAUUACAGAAUACAUGAGUGGAGGAGGAAAUCCAUUCUCUGGGCCGACCUCAGAAGUGGACUUCAGUAUUGAGGAUGCAGCUGUGCUGAAAGCCAUGAUGUUGAAACUUGAGGAAGUGUUGGAUGAAAUCUCUGUAUCAAACAAGGACUCUCAACUAAACAUUGCAAAA